AUGGAAGAUAAGAAGGAUGGUAUCUUGACCGACAUUAUAUCUUGCUAUUUAAGGAAGAGAGGGAUGUUGCGUAUCGAGUGUCCUCCCGGUGUCAUGAAGGGAAAAUCCAUCACAUACCGUUCUCACUGGAGGGAAAUUGUGACUAGUUUUAUUGGUACAUUGAUACCUUUUGGCGAUGAAGUUAUAAGUAUCACUGGUGAUGACAUUAACCAGUCUGCAGGGAUGCUAAGGGCAUUUAAGCAACCCAUUGUUUGUGAAAAACCUACCAAAGCUAUCCCAACGCACCUUUCAGUGUCAAAUUAG